UCAAAUCAAAUAAAAUACGCAGGUUAUACAAUUUAUGUAACUUGAAGAUUAUAGUUUAUAUAUUAUAAAGAUAUAAGUGUUAAGUUCUCCAGGAAAAUCGGAUCUUCUUUUGAAAAGUUUGUAGAAGUAUAGCUCUAAAUGUCAGCAUCAGAACAUGUCCUUCGAGUUCGGCGCCUUUAUAAACUUAUAUUUCGGGUCCACCGAGCCUUGCCACCAGAAUUGCGUAUAAUGGGAGAUAAUUAUGCAAGAGAUGAGUUUAAGCGACAUAAAAAUUGCAACCCUCAGGAGGCCAACAUAUUUUUAAAUGAAUGGACGGAUUAUGCUAUAAACUUAGCAAAACAGAUGAAACCACUGCAACAAGCAAAGCAAAAGAAGGUAGGAAAGUAUCUUGAUCCCAAAAUGCUGGACUUUAUGAGUGACGAACAGCUAGUGCAAUUGUAUGAAUUACACAAGGCAGCUUCGAACGACAGCAGCAAAGAUUCCGAUCAGAUCAAUGUCACUGAUAACAACAAGGUCAGAUAAUAUGGAGCGUUUACACAAAAUUCAUCGUAGAUUGAUUUUUAUUAUACAUACUUACAACAUAGUUUGAAAUCAGACAAUUAUUUUCAAUUUUCAAUGUAAUAUGUAAAAGU